CCUUACCGUUGUCCCGCCCCACGCCUCUUGCCCGGCAGCCGAUCUGUCUCCCGGCUAGAAAUCCUCUCCAGCCGGAGGGCCUUGGCCCCGCCCUGCGACUGUUGCCUGGCUGGCUUCUGGUCGGCGGGCGGAGGGAGGGCCUAGGCGGUGUGCGUUGGCGGGAGGGAAGUCAAUUUCCCUUGUCUAGCCUCCGGCCGCCCGUGGCGGGAGGAAGCAGGGGCUAGGUCAGUGGGCGGCAUGGCAGGAGCUCCGGAUGAGCGUGGCCCGGGCCCCGCGGCUAGGGAACCACUGCAGCAGCAACACGUCGGAUGCCAAGUCUUCCCCGAGCGGCUGGCCCAGGGGAAGCCCCAGCAAGGGUUCCUCUCCAGCUUCUUUACCGACAACCAGAAGUGCCAGCUGAUGCUCCUGAAGACGCUGGAGACAAAUCCAUAUGUCAAACUUCUACUUGAUGCCAUGAAGCAUUCAGGUUGUGCUGUGAGCAAAGAAAGACACUUUUCCUGUGAAGAUUGUAAUGGAAAUGUCAGUGGGGGUUUUGACGCUUCCGUGUCUCAGAUUGUUUUGUGCCAGAAUAACAUCCGGAAUCAGGCUCAUAUGAACAGAGUGGUCACCCAUGAACUCAUUCAUGCAUUUGAUCAUUGUCGUGCUCAUGUGGACUGGUUCACCAAUAUCAGACAUUUGGCCUGUUCUGAGGUUCGAGCUGCUAACCUUAGUGGAGACUGCUCACUUUUAAAUGAAAUAUUCAGGUUACAUUUUGGAUUAAAACAACAUCAUCAGACUUGUGUGAGAGACAGAGCCAUUCUUUCUAUCCUGGCUGUUAGGAACAUAAGCAGAGAAGUCGCUCAGAAGGCUGUUGAUGAAGUUUUUGAAUCUUGUUUCAAUGACCACGAACCUUUUGGAAGGAUCCCUCAUAACCAGACCUAUGCAAGAUAUGCUCAUAGAGACUUUCAGAACCGGGAUCGGUACUAUUCAAAUAUAUGAAGGCAGUGACACUUUUAUAUCACAGAGCUGCAGUGAUCAUGAAAAAAAAAUUGUGGUUCCCAAGUGGACAAACAUAUAAAACGUAAGUCAUCAAUUAAAUACACAGAAGACACCAAAGAUGCUGAUUCUAGCAUAUGAUCAGGAAAAGUAACUGUGGUAAGAAAUGAAACUGCCUUGGGAGUUCCUGCCAUGGCACAGUGGUUAAGAAUCUGACUGCAGCGGCUCGGGUCACUCCAGAGGUGUGCAUUCGAUCCCCAGCCUGGCGCAGUGGGUUAAAGUGGUGUUGUGGCAGUUGCAGCUCAGGUUCAGUCCUUGGCCUGGGAGCUGGGUGUGGCCAUUAAAAAAAAAAAAAAAAAAAAAAAAAGAAAGAAACUGCUGUAAACUCCAAGGCAGACAUUUUUGUAGCUAUUUGGUAAAUAAGGCAAAUAAAUUGCAUUUUAAAAAAGUA